AUCAUUUUUACGUUUUAGGCGGCAUUUGUUAGCACAAUAGAUUAGAACCAAUAAUAUAGAUAUCAUGUUUGCAAGAGAUUCCGAAAAUGACAUUGAAUUACUCGGAACCCGCUAUCUGGCAGGUUGCAGGACAUCGAUAUUCAUACGAUUUGUUAAAGUUGCGACAUCUUUGAUUGUGCUUGCAAUUUUACUGGGAAGUACGACGCAGUUCAUAUCACAUAAUAAUGAAAGAAUGAUAAGGUAUGAAAAAGAUAUUCAAGUACUGAGAGCAGCAAUUAAAGACAGAGAUGAAGCUGAACAUAGCAGAAUGAAGCGUGAAAUUGCUGAUUCCAUUAAAUCACAUAUGGCAUCGCAUGUAAUUACGAAGAGAUCAAACAGACAUUCUUCAAAUGAAGAAGAAAAAUAUUUAGAAAGCAACAAUUCUGGAGGAAUAACUUAUUUGAGAUGGGGAAGAAGAAAUUGCCCAAAUCACGGGAUCACAAAAUUUGUCCAUUCUGGAUAUAUGGCAGCAGGUUAUUACUCUCACACUGGAAGUGGAGCAAACUACAUGUGUCUCCACCAUAACGUUUCUUACACUCCGGGAAAAUAUGUUGAGGGAUCUCAAGGAAGUUCCCACGUCUAUGGAGUCGAAUUCCGAGACAGUGCUUGGGUGUAUCAAUUAUUUGAUUUGACGUCGACUGAAACAAAUUCAUUGCAAUUCCAUUCUGUACCAUGUGCUAUGUGCAUGGCUGAAGCUCGGGUAUCUAAGAUGAUGAUUCCUGGGAGAGACGAUUGUCCCAAAGGUUGGCACAGAGAAUAUGCGGGAUAUAUAAUGUCUGGGGGUCACAGUGACAAGCACUCGACUGAAUUCAUUUGUGUGGACGAAAGACCUCAAAUUGUUCCCGGCACGAUAGGAGAUCAGAAAGGGGGAUUCCUGCAGAUGGUUGAAGUUCAGUGUACUUCAUUACCUUGUGAACCAUUUGUAGCAGGCAGAGAGUUAAGAUGUGUUGUCUGUACACUAUGAUAUUGUUUCAACAAAACAGAAGUAAAAAAGAAUACGAGCUUUCGUCGGCAAUGUCUAAACUUUGUGUAUAUAUCAAUUGAUAAUAUUAAAAAAAAAUUUCUACUCAUCUUGGGAAUAGGGAGCAGUGGACGAUAUAAAAUGACUAAUCUUGUACAUCUUUCAUCACUUCAGUCACGUACCAGUGAUCUGCACAAAAUAGCGCAGCGACUUGGUGUUUAAGUUUUUCUUUUGUUUCAUAAACCGACAAUCAUAAGCAAAUUUGACCUGGAGAAAUUUGGCAAAAGAGACAUCAGUAAAAAAAACUAUUUUCUACUAGUUUCUUUAUAUUCAAUUUCUCAAAAAGCUGUCUGUCACUAUGAAUUUAGGUAAACACUAAGUGUAAAAUAUUGUUAAUAUCUAGAUUUUAGUGGAAGUUUAAUGUGUCAAUACUCGGAAAUAUGAAUCAAAUAUAUAUUGGACUAUA